AUGGCUCAUCUCACCGACACGUGUCCCUCCCCAGGGGUCCUGGUCGGCGUGGUCCUGCGCUAUGGCAUCCAUGUCCCCAGUGAUGUCAACAACGUGACGCUGAGCUGCCAAGUGCAGACCAGUCCCGCCACACUGCUGGUGAACGUCAGCGGCAAGUACUACGAGUAUACCCUGAAGGGGGAAAUCAGCGCCCAGGAGCUCAAUAAUGUCCAGGAUAAUGAGAUGCUGAGAAAGGUGACUUUUGAUCCUGAAGUCUUUUUCAACAUUUUGCUUCCUCCAAUUAUAUUUUAUGCAGGCUACAGCUUGAAAAGGAGGCACUUUUUCAGAAACCUAGGAUCCAUCCUAGCAUACGCGUUUCUCGGCACUGCAAUUUCCUGCCUGGUGAUCGGCUCUGUUGUGUAUGGCUGCGUGGCGCUGAUGAAAGUCACCGGGCAGCUCGGGGGAGACUUCUACUUCACUGACUGCCUCCUGUUCGGUGCCAUCGUGUCGGCUACUGACCCAGUGACUGUUCUUGCCAUAUUCCAUGAACUCCAGGUUGAUGUUGAGCUGUAUGCCCUUCUCUUUGGCGAAAGCGUCCUCAAUGAUGCCGUUGCCAUAGUGCUGUCUUCUUCAAUUGUUGCGUACCAGCCGGCAGGCGACAACAGCCACACGUUUGAUGUCACAGCAAUGUUCAAGUCCAUCGGGAUCUUCCUGGGGAUAUUCAGUGGAUCUUUUGCAAUGGGAGCAGCUACUGGAGUUGUCAGUAACGUCACCAAGUUCACCAAACUUCGGGAGUUCCCAUUGCUGGAGACUGGCUUGUUCUUCUUGAUGUCCUGGAGCACGUUCCUGCUGGCUGAAGCAUGUGGCUUUACAGGUGUGGUGGCUGUGCUCUUCUGUGGGAUCACCCAGGCCCAUUAUACCUACAACAACUUAUCUACAGAGUCCCAACACAGAACUAAGCAGUUGUUUGAGCUUCUGAAUUUCUUGGCAGAAAACUUCAUCUUCUCCUACAUGGGGCUUGCACUGUUCACCUUCCAGAACCACGUCUUUAACCCUACCUUUGUGGUGGGGGCUUUUCUUGCUAUCUUCCUAGGAAGAGCUGCCAAUAUUUACCCACUGUCAUUUUUACUGAAUUUGGGGAGAAGAAAUCAGAUCGGAACAAAUUUACAGCAUAUGAUGAUGUUUGCUGCGCUCCUCAUCGUCUUCUUUACAGUGUGGGUUUUCGGCGGGGGCACCACGGCCAUGCUGUCUUGCCUGAAUAUCCGAGUCGGUGUGGACGCGGAUCAGGAGAACGUGGGUGUCCCGGAGAGUGAGAGGAGGAGUACGAAGGCAGAAAGCGCCUGGCUCUUCCGUAUGUGGUACAACUUCGAUCACAACUAUCUGAAGCCUCUGCUGACGCACAGCGGUCCUCCUCUGACGACCACGCUCCCGGGCUGCUGUGGGCCGAUUGCCCGGUGCCUGACGAGUCCACAGGCAUAUGAAAAUCAAGAGCAGCUGAAGGAUGAUGACUCUGACCUCAUUUUGAAUGAUGGAGACAUCAGUCUGACCUACGGGGAUUCCACCGUCAACACCGACUCUGUCGCAUCCAGCGGCACGUCGCGGAGGUUCGUGGGAAACAGCUCUGAAGACGCACUCGAUCGGGAGCUUGCUUUUGGGGACCAUGAACUCGUAAUCCGGGGAACACGCCUGGUCCUUCCCAUGGACGAUUCAGAGCCACCGUCAAACGUCCUGGAUAACGCAAGACAUGGUCCGGCAUAAGGUUGCUUGGUUUAAUUGACAGUAAUAUUUGCAUAUAUGAUCAAGAAAUAUGUACUACCUAAAGUCUAAUGCAUGUCUCAAAAUGUCUAAGCUGUAUAAAUAUUAUUUAUAUGGUGUCAGAAGAAUAUAAAUAUUCUCUGCCAAGCACUUGUAAAGAACAAGCUGCAAAUUUAAGUUAAAAACU